ACACACAUUCUUUCUCUCCGCUCCGUCUCCCCCUCUUUUCCCCCUCAAAGUAACUUUUAAACUCAUUUCUUAUCGUCUGAAAACCUCUGAAAUGUCCGCAGAGAGGACGGGGACCCGGAUCUGUGAGCAGAGCUUCUGACAGGUAACGGGAACGCUUUUUUUUUUUUUCCACCGAGAGUUUUCAGGCUCCACUUCAGGAACAAGGCGACUUUUGUGCGCAGAUUUUGGAUUAUCAAUACCAUCGAUUAUAAGCGGUGUGGCUGUAAAGUGACCCUUUAAAGUGAGGUAAAGAGGAGGGGGAGUUUUGACAAGUAAAGUUAGAGGAAAAGAGGAAAUAUAUGGGGGAAAAAAAGGGUCAUCAUUGAGGAAAAGUUAGAGAAAUAAAGAAGUAUUUUAAACUUUUGCUGGAGAGGUUUUAGGGCGAAGUGUCCUGUGAAAAUAACUUUGACAGUUUGAUGUGAUUUAUCGUCAAAACUACUGCUGUUUCAACUCCUUCAAACUCUGUAUUAAUGCAAACUGAGUCAUAACCUUAGACUGAAUUUAGGUCACUUUAAAUGUGGAAAAUAUAGGUCUUAAAUAAGCUAGUGAACGUUUUCUCUGCCCUGUUAUGGUUUCAUUUAGUCCUUAUUUUGGUAUUUUCUUUUAAUUCCAGCGUUAAUUAAAGAAAAAUCCACCUAAGGCAAGUGUCAAAGCCAGCUGAAAUACCCCUAAGGAAAUAAGAAACCAUUUUAAGUGUCAUUUAAUGGGCAAAAUCUAAUAAUUAUAACAUAAACAGAGACAAAACUGAUAUAAGAGCUCAUGAGGUGACCCAUUUGGGGUACACAUACAACCAUGACUGAGUUAUUUACAUAUUAAAGGUAAUCUCCUGUUUAUUUACUGCUUCAGUGAACAAAAAGCUCCCAAGUUCAAACAAAUGAUUUUACUUUGCAAAUAACCAGCGGGAUAAUAUGUUUCUGCUUAGAUUAGAAAUCUUCUGCUUAAAACAUGUCUGGGUUUGAGGAGUUAGAAUGAAUUAGACAUAUACAGAUGUCAUCUUAGACCCUGAAGUGCUUGGAUGGAGACUGUUCACCUUUUUCUCAGCAAAAGUUUGAAUCAUAGCAAGUUAUUUUGUUUCAAUUAAAGAAAAAGUCUGAUUAGGUUUAGUUUUUGACACAUUCACUGGACAAGUCUAGCAAAAUGUUUUAUUUCAAGAUAUUACACACCAAAAACAUGACCUGAAAGAUGAAAAAAAUGCAUUUUUUUUGUGUCUGUUCACAUAUUCUUUUUUGUUCUUAAUUAGAGAUUCAGAUUAUUGUAUUUCUGAUCAUUGGGAGCCACAACCAUGAAUGAAAUGAAAGUCUGAUUGAUCACCCAGCCCUACAUGAAAGUAAAUAUUUGUUACAGCUUUAAAGUCAUUUGAAACCCCCAAAAAACAGACUCUCAACACCCUGGGGUUAGGAGAAGAAACAGACCCACUACAUUGGUGAAACUUUUACAAGUGUGGAAGAUUUUUGCGUUGAAUUAAAUUAAAUUGCCUCAGCUUUAAAAAACAAAUCUCUCUGUUUUACUAUCAGACUUAAGCCUCACUAUUAGCAUGGCCAUUACCGUUACUGUCACCACUUGGACUUAUUGAGACAUUAUUGAGUUUAUUUGCCAAGAUUGACCUCUUCUUACGAAAUUUCCUGCAGUGAUUAAUGUUCAUGGGUGAGGCUGGAACCUCCCUAUGUUAGAGCACAGCUGGUAUUAAUGUACAGUGAUUGAUUUAAUGAUGUAUCGUUUCAGCUCUGAAUAUUAACAGAAAAUAGUCAAUCUGACUAACUAGAUAAACUAUUUAUAUGGUUAAUUGUUAUGUGUAAAAUACCUGAGUUAGGGUUGAAGGAUCACAUGAGGCCCAAGAAUGAAAAAUAUGGAAUCAUUUGGUUUAAAAUAUUAUCUAAUCACUACUAAAAAUGAUUUUGCAUGUACUUCUAUGUAUAAAAUUUGUUGUCACCUAAAAUUAAGUCUCUAAAAAUAAACUUCCUGUUCUCAGUAAAAGGAUAAAGAUUUCUCUCUUGUCAUCUCACAAUAGUCGUUUCCGUUACUGCAAAUGAAGACUGACUAUCAGAUACACCAUCUUAAACCUGAACUUGUUUUUGUUAGUAUAAUCCUGCACAUUUCUUUCACACUGUCAUAAGACAUCUAGCCAAUUCUGCAGUGUUUUAGUGGUUGUAUAAUUAGACAAAGUGGUGCAAGAAGCCAGAUCAUAAAAUUAAAGUAACGCACUUUCCAUGAUUUAGUUUUAUUUGCCAUCUGUAAGAUAAAAUGCUGAUUCAAAAAAUCUGCCAAAUGCUGAAUAUCAGGCCCGAUAAUAAGGAACCCUCACUCCAAAGUAAGUACUGUACCUCCUCUGCUGCCUCACAGCUGAGCCUGCAGAUUUGUUAUUAUUAAAGAGUAGACAGCUGCUCAGAACAAAGAGGACAUACAGUCCUAUCUUUGGCUUUUAUUUUGCUUUCUGUGGGAAAGAACCCAAAAUAUUUCCACACAAGGCGCUUCUCUGAUAUUUUGGCGUUGUUUCUGUCAGCUAAUGUCCAUUUUUGUAGAAAAUCCUGAACUCUAUGAGUUUACUCAGGUCACGAGUAUCAGUCAAUGGUCGGGUUACACACAAGGUGCUUCUUAGAUAUUUGGACAUUGUUUCUGUCAGUGAAUGUCCUUCAAUUUGGAAAAAAACCUAAACUCAAUGAGUUUACUAAGGUCAAGAGUGUCAAUCAAUGGUCGGGUUAAACACAAGGCGCUUCUCAGAUAUUUUGGCGUUGUUUCUGUCAGCGAAUGUCCUUCAUUUUUGUAGAAAAUCCUAAACUCUAUUAGCCUGGCUGGGCCAUCCAGUUGCGUGAAUCACUUGCCGUUCCUUCCCACAACAGUCUGGACUUCGGCCAAUUGGGAGCCCUAAAAGUGGGCGGGAGUACUUUCCUUGAUAGACAGACUACUCUAACCAAUCACCGUAACCAAACAUCUGACGUCAUCACAAUGCGCAACUGUUCCCUGCUGGGCUCUCUAGCAUCAAGUAAAGGUUUGGUAAUAUUUCAACGUGUGCAAGCAAACAAUGUCUUUUACGUCUUUUUCUGCAAAUAUAAACGAUUUCUGCCGACUUUGCAAAGUCAACUGCAGAAUUAACGGUGUUCUGAAUGAACAGCACGUUCUGAAUGAGUCUCGCAACAUGUGUUAGACAUCACCAUCUACACAUGGACCAAUCAGGGGCUGCCUUUCCCUGUUGUCCGGGGAACAGUGGAAACACAGUCACUAGCCACGUUUACAUGCAGACUUUUUUCUCAUUCGGAUUAUAAUCAUUCCGAUUGAAGCUCCCAGGCGAACUGUUUACAUGGAAGCGAUCUAUUCUGAUCUGGUGUUUACAUGUGCCACGGCAUUCAAUCGGAACAGCUAUUUACAGACACGUGAUACCUUCAAACAUCACGUGAUUGAUUGAUCACGUGAUCUCCGACGCAGACCAGUGCAUCGUGCUCUGCUUGGAAUCCGCCAUCAUGUUUCCAUGUGAGUCAUACGUCACUGCUUGUUUACAUCAGGACAGAGCAUGCGCAGACAGAACCCAGCCUGACAACUUUCCGAUUCACCGUUUACAUGACAGGAUUUUGCUUUUAAUCGGAAUGGGAAAAGGAAUAUUCUACCCCUGUGAAUCGGAAUGAAAUUCCAUUCGGAAUGGGCCUGUUUAUUCCGAAUGAGGUGUUUAUAUGGAGCAUUUUCAUUCCGAUUGGGCUUCUAAUCCGAUUAUAUUCGGAAUAUUUGGCUCCAUGUAAACGUAGCUACUGAUUGGCCCGGUUAUUUUCUGAUUUCUAAUACACGCUCCCAAUUGGCCGAAGUCCAGACUGUUGUGGGAAGGAACGGCAAGUGAUUCACGCAACUGGAUGGCCCAGCCAGGUUAAAACUCUAUGAGUUUACUAAGGUUAAGAGUGCAAGUCGAUGGUCAGGUUACGAUGAGAUUGUCCUCUGCUUUAUUUAAUGGCAGGCUGAUAAACAUGCUGCUUACUACAACUAAUCUCAUUAAUAUCUAAUGGACAUAAAUGUUGUUGUAUGAAUGGGUUUGACUGUUUUGCCUUCAGUUUAACCAAAAGUUAAUGAUCAGCACCCUUAUUUCAGUUAGUUGCCUCACUGAGAUCCUCAUAUGUGUUGAUUCUGUCAUAACCCUCACAUUACAGUGAUGCUUUGGUAUUUUAAAAUGUCAUUAAACACUAUGAGCCCACAAAUCCCUGCAGAGUUGGACACACCCACUUAUGAACCCAAUAUAGCAAGAAUAUAGAUGAUAGAUUGAGGGAAACAGGCGUCUUCUGUAAAGUGAAGAGUGAAGCCUGAUAAAUGAGCUCUCAGGUAUCUUGAUGGUUCGGAUGAUCUUCUGGACAGGCUGCAUAAUACAUGCACACCCUGGACAGCUCGAUGCUGCAUGGACUCUUGUCUAGACUCGGCUUAAAUCACCACCAAAAGCUUUUUUUUUUUUCCAUGCAGCCUCUGCCAAAAGCUGCUCUCAGGUCAUGGAAUUUACUCUCAUGUUGGAGUGGAGUCUGCUCUCCGUCUCUGUGUGAGGCUCGGGGCUUUGGUUUAGAGGUGGUUUCACUAGACCGGGGGUAAUGUUGCCACAGUAAUGGUUCAUUUAUGACCUCCAGGCCUCGUCUGGACAUCUGGGUGUGCGUGGCUAGACUUGUCUGACAUGAGCGACUCAGCCGAGGAGGUAAAGCUUAGAUAAAACAGAGAGGAUGUGGGUAAUGAAAGUGAGGAUUGAAAGGGUUCAUGUCUUACAGUGAGUGUUUACAGUAAUGUUUCCUACGCUAUCGUACAGUAGUGGGAAGGGUUUGCCCGUGCGGCCCUCGCUGGGCCUGCAUCAGUAUGGAAAGCCUGCAUCAUCAGACUGCAGCUGUAUCUCAUUAUUCAAGGAAUGCAGAGCUUUUGUGCGCUAACCAAGCCGACUCUCUCAAAUCUUUCUCUUCCCCCCCUUUUCUCCCUCUCAGCUGAGCUCCUUCGGCUCUGCCUCAGCCCCCUCUCUGAUGAGACGAUGAGAGCCCACACCCGCGGGGCCCCCACAGUCUUCUUCAUAAGUCUGCUGUGGCCCCUGCUGGCAGCGGCGGCGGAGGUGGACCCCAGCGGUGGAAUCCCCUUCAUGGGCGGGAACUACGAUGGUCACCCCAUGCUGUACUUCGGUCGGGGGGACGUGGAGGAGCUGCAGUACGCCGCCGGAGGGACUCAUCGGGAUAUGGCGAGGAGGAUCCGUGAGGCGGGGGAAACCAUGCUGGAGCACCCGGAGGAGUACCUGCCGCCCUGGAGCCCUGCGGAGUUCAGCGCCCGCUGGAACGAGGUGUACGGGAACAACCUGGGCGUGCUGUCCAUGUUCUGCCUGCUGUACCCACACAGGGCCGGGGCGCUUGACCUCGCAAAGGACUACAUGGAGAGGAUGGCGGCUCAGCCUAGUUGGUACAUUUUCUGUCUCUUAUUAUUAUUAUUUUAUCGUUACUUUCAUUGAUAAGAGGCCACACACCAAAGUCUGCUUGUUGUGAAGAUAUUUUUUUUCUUAUUUUAAAGUCUGAAGUGUUCUUUCAGCUUGCAGCUUGGAAACAGUCAGAUCAGCUUUAGUGUAAUCCUCUGAGGGAAAUGUGCCUGAUCAAAGUACAGCCACAGGUGCUGGUUUUAAACCUCUGACAGGCUGACGUUGUUAUGAUCCCUGAGGUUAGAUACUGACAGAAAUACAGGCUAUAAGCCUUACUUCAAAAGUCCAUGAAGAAAAACUGUCCACAUAUCAGAACAGCUGAUUCCAUAGAUAAAUUAAUUCACUUUUGUGUGACUUUAGGGUUAAAGGGAUAUUUCAGCGUAAAUUUAAUGGAGGGUCAAACACACCGUAACACCGAGUUAAACACCUCCUUGAGAGAUGAAUGUUGCUGAGUGCUUGCUUCUCUAGUUAUACCAACUUCAGUAACGACCGCAUGAUAGCAAUACACAGCGGUCUGAGGAGCCAUAAACAAACCUCAACCAAAACGCCACUCUAUAGACACAAAUGGCGAUCAAGAGUACAUAUAGGGUCCCAGCCAUAGUACCAGCCACCAAACAUCUUUUUAACUUUGCCUGAUAUCUUUGAAAAAGAGACUAAACACAUCUCACCGACUCUCUUCCAGCAGCCCCUUGUUUGUAGCGAGACCUUGGGCCAGUCCAUUACGGCAAAGCAGACUGCUGUGUAUUGCUAUCGUAAGGUCAUUACUAAAGUUUGUAUAACUAGAGAACCAAGCGGUCGACAACAUUCAUCUCUUGGGGGGGUGUCUAACUCGGUGUUAUGGUGUGUUUGACCCUAAAUUGAUUUUAUACUGGAGUAUCCCUUCAAAAAUGUUUGAUUUGGUACCCAAAAAACUAGGACAAGACCUGCAAUGCCAGUCCCACGACCCUAAACACGUCAAGCUGUCACCACUUCUUGGGGUUCCAGUCCAUCUUAAACUGCUAUAAUGCAUUUGAACACAGAGGAUCUGACUGCUGUGCAAGCAGAGUCUGUAUCUGUGUGUUAUAUGACUGCAGAAUGUAAACAUGCACAGGAGUCGAGACACUGCUACCACAGAUACCUGGAAAAUGAUGAAGUUGGACAGAUUUAAGACAGUGUUGUCCCACUUAUCCCAGUGCUCAUUCAUGUUUAGGGGCAUGUACUGGCUGCUACACAAAAAGGACCAAAAAGUGAGUCGUAAGAUCCAGAUGUAAAAGUCAACACACUCCAUUGGGCUCAUUUGUUACAGGGAUCAUGUAGCAGCCGCUACAGUCCAUUUCAUAGCUGCUUUAAAACCUGGAGUUUUUACACAUCAGGGUUAACUUUUCAGUUUUGUCCUCCUUUGUGUGUAACUUUUUUCAGAGGAAAUCUCUGGAGAGUUUACAGAUGGUACCUGAUUUCAGUCACCCCCAUGUGUGCUUCAUCUUGGUUUGAGAGCUAAUCCUCCCACUCGGAGGCUCUCUCCUCAGUCCGGUCUCAGGAGUGUUCUCGUCUUUCUCAGUGGGCAGAGCUCUGGUAAAGAUACAUCAUGGUCAAACAGGUCUGUAGUCCAGGAAAUAUGUUUAGCAGCUGUUUGCUGAACAUGUCCCCCCUCCCCCCUCAGAUGAAAGGAAAUGAAAUGUUCAGAUGUGAACUGGAUCGCCCACUACUGUGGUCCAAGGUGAGGGAGAGGUCGAGGGUUCAGGUGACCAGACAGGGAUUUACUCCUCUCUGCCGUAAGCGUUAAAUGUGAACUAGAGUCAAAGUCUUUUAUUUCCUGUUUUGUCCAAACAGUUUUGCAGAAGAGUGUAUCUUCUGGGCACAUGAGUUUAGCCACAACAGAAUCAAAUGAGUGCUAAAGUGUUGAGGGAGGUGUUUUUUUUGCAGAUUUAUUUGACAUUUUUAUCACAUAAUUCUUCAAAAUAGUAUAAAAAUUGAGUUGAAUGACUUGGUUUUUGCUGCUUUUGAACCUACUGAAAUGCACUUUAACUUCUAAAGCAUACAUUAUGUGAGAAAAAAAUGGAGCUGGAACAGGAAGUCGAUCAAAUAACAUAUUACACAAUUCUCUUAACCUCUUAAUGUUAAUUUGACGCCCCCUUUGGGAAUCAUUUAUGGAUAUAAUGAAGCAUCUUUGAAGCAUGACUGCUGAGUGAAUAACAUCAGCUCUAAUAACGGAAAGGGGCAAAAUCCACUCGCUCCGUGAGACCGUCAUCUUACUGGUGAUAACUUCUCCGUGUUUCUGAGACAUCGAGGAGCUUUUCUGCCGUACGAGUGGUUUAACCCUUCUAAUAUCCUCAAAUAUUACUAACACAUUUUACCCUUGGGGUCAAUCUGACCCCAGGUAUAUUUGCCUCCAGAAAAUGAUUUACAUGCAAUUGUUGACCAAGAUUUUUGUCAGGUGCUUUAUUUAUUCAUUGAGUUGGUAAGACUUGGGUGUGAUCAACUUGCUAGUCUAUAGUGGCUUCCUCAUUUUGGCAGGAGCUCAAGUCAAGUUGUUUCCCACAUGUCCACUCCACAAAAAGUAUCACGUUCCGGAGGGAAUAGUUGUUUUCCCCACCCCCAUGUUAUGUAUCAACUCAAAAAUAUCAACUCUGCAGCUGUAGGUAUGGGGAUGUUAGGUCACACACACACGCAGACAAGUUUUACACAAGAAAACAGCUUGGGGUCAAAUUGACCCCAAAGGAACACAGAUGUGUGUAAUAUGUGUACAGCACAUAAAAAAUACAUCAUCAUGAAAAUUUUAUGCUUGAUCAGUUGUCCCCAUCAAAUUAGGAAAAGUCAUGAAAUAUGAAACAAGAAAACAAAAGUCAACGAUUAUCUUUUAAAUGUUAAACAUUGAAUGGGGUCAAAUUGAGCCCAUGGAUAAUCAGAGGUUUAAAGACUGUUUGUACCCAAAUACAAUAAAAAUGAUACUAAUUUAUGAUAAUUGAUAGUUUCAUUUUUGUGAAAUGGUGUUAUUUCUGCCUUUUGCUGACUAAGCAGAAGCUGUAUUUGCAACCAGCUGACCAAGAACAGUCAAGCUAGAGACCAGUGCAGCAUUUACAGUCUUCUAUAAGAAUCAGUUUUGUCAGAGUUGUCUAAUACUUGGGUCAAGGCAGGAGUUCCCUGUAUUUCUGUGGACUAAAAUCAGAUUUAAGCAGAAAAUACCAUUUCAAACCUAGCAGCAAAAGACCCCUCUGACUUUACUUCAAACUGUGAAAAGUACAACCAUCAGGUCAGCUGACUCCAUCCACCUAUUCAGCCUGUUUAGUCUCAGGCUUUUCAGAGUCGGCCUCGUCUGCACAGCCGUGAACAGAGCUCCUUAUUUCCUAAACAAUUCGAUUACGUUCAAUGAAAAUUAGUUCUGCCUGGGAACUGCAAAAUGGCUGAAGUGGAUUACAGCCUUUCACUGAGUCUCAGUCCUCCACAGCUUUUUAUUUCACAGUCUAAAGGAUUUAAGGUCUCAGAGAGGGAUCCUUAGGGAAUGGCUGAGCCCAGAGUUAACCUGCUGCUGUUCAUUCAAAUAUAUUCACAAAAUAUAACACAGUCAACGCCCACUAUGUGACUUUUUUAAGAAUACUUGAGUUAAAAUUCACUUUUUAUUGAAUGCAAAACUCAGUAGGAGUGCAGGUGGUUAUGUGAGUAAUAACCACAGCAGAGUGAUCAUGAAGCAAACAUUCAUUUUACAUUCUUAUUAUUCUGCCUAUAACCCAGCUCUGCUGCCAUUGCCUCCCUCUUUUCCUCCAAAGUGAAUUCCUAUUCACUUCAACAUUUCAUUACAUCCUUUCUUACUUCCUUUCUAUAUUAUGUAGUCAGGAAGUUAACAUUGCCCUGUAUAAAUAGCUAUACACCUAAUCUGAUAUGUUUUGCUGCAUUCCUGCUUCGUAACUUCAAAUGCUUAAUUCCACAAUUCCUUGUGGAAUUGCAUGGGAAACAUAAAAAGUGAUUUCUUAGCUACGUUUGGUUGUUUGUUGACACCAAAAACCUCAAAAGAUGCAGUUUUGUUGUUUAUCUUUUUGUGUUGUAUGAAUGUCAGCCAUUUAAAGUUCCUGUCAGGGACUUUGAGUUUGUUUAAAUGGUGGCAACCCCUGUGGGUUGUGUCCUCUACAUGCUUAAAGGGAUAUACCCACUCUCUUCCAACAGCCGCUUGUUUGUAGCGAGACCUCUGUCCAGUCCAUUACGGACUACAGUGGGGUGACGCAGCUCAAGGAAGAACUUGAUCAUAAAAAAAAAUGAUCAUAAAUGUUCUUAUGUGUAUUGUAUAUGUUCUGUUGAUGAAGUUAGGUGCUGUUCUGAGCAUUAUUUGUGGCUAUAGAGUGACGUUUUGGUUGAGGUUUGUUGAUGGCUCCUCAGACCGCUGUGUAUUGCUAUUGUGCGGUCGUUACUAAAGUUGGUAUAACUAGAGAAGCAAGCAGUCGGCAACAUUCAUCUCUCAAGGGGGUGGCUAACUCGGACUGGACUAUUCUUUUAAAUGGUGUCCUCUGAUACAAAAAAGUCUAAUCCUGCUGAUUUUGACAGUCAAAUGUGUCAUUUAUUGUGGAAAAUUAAAAACAGGGCUGUUUCUUCAGCUGCUCGCCUGACACCUACCUCCUUAAACUAGUUUAAAGCAUUUAAAAUACAGUAUAAAACAUCACUAGUCUUGUUGCUGAUGGUCCUUUUUGCUUUCUUAAAUCUUGAAAAGGAUCAUUAUGAAUUUCACAGGAGCUUUAACCUCCAAUUUUUCCUGUAAGUUUAUCAACGAAAAUUGAAGACGAAGUAAAUAAACCACUUUGUUGAUGAUAAUGUGUGCGAUUUCCAUAACUGCUCACUUUCUUCUCGCUGUUUAUCUUUACAGUCUAUAACCCUGCAGGUGUUUCAUGAGUCAAAAGUUCAUAGCUUUAGGGAAGUGAAAGAAGAAGGUGCUGCAGUGCCUGGGUUGUAAAAUAAGUAAACACAGAGAUAUCAGGUUUUAAGGGAACUAUUCAACACAGUUCCUCCAAAUUCUGCAGCUAACAAGCACGUAUCAAACAGUAUCGCAUGGUUCAACAAUACUAUGAGAACUGUUGCAUCCUUAGUUUGUAUCCACAUUAAAUGUACCACAACAAAACACUUCUUAUGGACACACUGUGGUGGGGCUUUUGCUCUCAAGGGUUGCAGCUUGUUUUGUGUCUGCAGGAGCAAACUGUUGAGUCAUUUCCAUGGUUUCCAUUCUCAUUUAGAUUCCAGUUUAUAAAAAAUAAAAAAAUACUAAAAAUCAGAAGAGGCCAAGUUUAAAAAAAUACCUGAAUUCAGCUCAGACUUUCAGCUGACUCUGGGACAGUCUCCCCUCUUCCUCCAUGCAGAGAGAGGGGUGGGGGGGCUCUAGCAGCUUAAUCCUCCUCAUUUCACUGCAUGGCUGCUGAGUUGCCUCCGGCCACUGAGCAGGAGGAAGGGGAUUUUCCACCCGCUCAUUUCUGGGGGGUUUAGACAGCGUGGAAUUAGAGCAAUUUGCAAGAGAUUUCUCACACCGCGGGUAUGUGUGCCACAGUGCAGAAAGGAGAAGCCACCGAGCAUGUGUUUUCACGUCUGCGGAGCGCUGUGUGAGUUUUUCUCCCUGGCCGCACUUUUAUUAUGGUCACCGAACCUCUGAGGGUUUGUGCAGAGUGGCUCCAGGAACCAGUCCUCUGCGGUAUUCAUGACCCUCAAUUAUGUCUCCAACAUCGCCAGGGAACAUGCUCGGAUGGAGAGCGUGUGCUAUGCGGUGAACGGCUGCAGACACCACUCUUUCUCUUUAACAUACAGACAAGAGUGUUUCAUAUAGAGCCCAACAGUAAUAUUCACUUUAUAGCGGUCCUGUGUGUUUCCGUAUGGUUAAACAUCAACGUAAAGAAGCUUUUAAUCCAUCUGGUGUUCAUUUACAUGACCAGACAGGAAGCGGUUUGCAAAUAAACCUCAGCUGCCACUUAACAUGAGGAAACCAUGUAUUAACAGCAUCAAAUGGCAACAUCAAAUUGUUAUUUCAUGCUUUAUUACUGCACUUUCUUUUAUGUACUGCUCCUUUAAGAUGUGAGAAAUAACUGAAAAGAGUCAGGUAACACCGACAUUUGUACUGCGUCAGAUCUAAAAAGUACCUUCCUCUUCCUUCCACACAUUUACCAGAGUUUUAUUCAUACUCCGUUUACUUUUAAGAGUUAAAUAGAGAGUCUGAUGUUUUUAUACCUCGGCAGAUUUGAUGCUUGUCAGUUUUUUUUCAAGUUGUAGUUUGUUGCAGCUUCUCGGUUUGCAGCUUUAAAGUAAAAGCAGGUGCUCUAAGUUGCAGUAAAAGCUGGUUAUUUAUUGCACAAGUUAAUAAUAAACCAUCCAUACAUCCUCAAAUCAAACACUGUUUAAACUGUGCAUUUGAUUGAGCAGUAACACACUAACUUUGCAGUUACUAAUUUGCCAUUUUUAGAGUGACAAAGGUGCCCGAGAGGAAGUAGUUUGAGUCUGUUCUGAGGGAGAUUUGUCUUUAGGAUACUCUGAUUGGCACAAAAAGAAGCUGGAAGUACCUUCCUUGCCAUGUACACACAUGGGCCUUUACACUGUGCAUGCUUGGGCUGCAGAAAUCUUUUUUUAUAUAUUCAUAAUUUUGAUCUUUGAGGUCAUUUUCUGCUUUUCUCAUGCUUUGUCCUCCGGUGUUUGGGCAUCUGACAGCAGCUCUACGUGGACGGUUAAAGCCACAAAAGGCAAAAAAGAAACAUCAAAGGAGCACCGUGUUGCACUAUAAAACAAAUUACUUACAUUUAAUUGAUAAUACCUGUUGAUAUUAAUUUGAUAUUGUUUGUUUAAUCUGUAUCGUAGUCUCUUGAAUGGUAAUUACUGAUUCACAUCACAAUGAUGUAAGUGCACUGCAGCUGUAGAUGCUAGAAGUAAACACCCUAUAGUCCUGUUAGUUAGCAGCUCAUAUGUUUGUGCUCUCGACUGUAACAGGCACUGAAAUGAGCUGGAUAACAGUCUUGUAAUCACUCUUACCUAAUUGGAGGUUUUCAGGGUACCUCUGAUGAUAAAGGCAUGGCGACUCGUGUGCAUGUUUACAUUCUACAGUUCAUAGCAUGUCUGCAGAACUAUCAGAAUUAAGAGGCCGCAUUAUAGCCGGACAACGAUGAAGUGGUGACAGCGUUACACAUGUCAGGACAUAUAACUGAUAUCUCCAUCACAUCUCACAUUUUUGAUGUCCAGUCCAUCUCUGAUUCAGCCUUAGAGCAUUAUUUUUAUUGGAUGUCUUAUUUAGCAUUUUGUUAUGUUACUUUCUUUAAAGGGGAACAUUUCUUUUCAGCGGACUUUCCUUUUUGACAACAUGGAGAACUUUAGCUUCUGGUUAAACUUUAACCAACUCUGUUUAAGACUCAGUAUGCAGGGUUUUUCCUGGCUCAAAUUGAGGCAGAGGUGGCACCAUCCUGACCAUGCGCCAUGACGUGCAUAUAUUUGUAAAUUCAACUGUCUCACUUUCUUUUACAGGCAACAUACUUUAAGUUAAGAGUUCAAAAAAGAGUGUGACCAUUAUCAUGUUAAAGCAUUCAUUUAUUAAAACUAUAUACAUACACAAAUCAGCUGGCAACUUUAAAUUGAAAGUACACUUCAUCCACACAUCUCGCAACCAGACAGAACAUUUCAGCCUCCUCUUUUUCAUUCUGUAGAACCUCCUCAUGCACUCCUUGUAGUCCAAGGCCUCCUGGUCUGGUCCAUCAACAGCCACCUUACAACAGACAUCCAAGUGCCUCUCCUUCAGUCUGUUCCACAGAGGUGUCUUCACCUUAAACAAAACAAUUCAUCAUGCAUUAAGUAUUUUUGUUUUUAUUCUGAUACAGACAUGAAGAGUGAUAGUGUUUUCAAUCAUAUAUUAUAUAUAUGUAUACGCUGCAGUGUCCUCCCUAAAAAAAACAAAACGACAACUAAUUAUUUCUUAAACUAUCUAAACUAUGUUCUUUUAGUUUUAUUUAUUUUUUAUUAAUUAUUAGUUAUUAUUUAUUAGUUGAGUGUUUUUAGGUACUACCAUCUUUAAUAUAUUUCUCCUUCUCUUCUGCUGCUUUGUGAACGGCUAUCACCUCAUGUCUUUUUAAUGUGUCCAGCCUGUAGUUGGUUGAUGGCUGUCUCACUAAGGAGGCAGCAAUUGCCUGCUGUGUUGGGGCACAGUGCUUUUGGCAUAAAUAGCAGUGCAUGCCUUCCUCAGUAUGCCUGAGCCAGGUAAAUUGAUUGAGCCAUUGCUUGUCAAAGCCACUGGCUCUGUGUUUUUGAGAAAAUCUGGAAAGAGGAAUAAAAACCACGUACACGUUGGCUUUGCGUUGUUAUGCUCCUAAUUGGAAACUAAUUAAUUAAUUACCCUCGCCUCGCCGACUCGUCCUGUCCUGCAUUCUGACCCUCGCGAUCACCAGUCCCUUGUGAAGUACUUUCAGACCUGACACAAAUUUCCACGUUGUCACCACUAUGAAUUAUAGCAUUUUAACUGCCUAUUACGUUUUUUCUCUGCUGUGUUUCACCUGGACUCUUGACUUUCCUCCUUGCGAGGUCGCUUUUUAAAGUACUGGCUGAUUUUGCCUGUCAUAUCUGCAACGCUAAAAAACGGAGGAAACUUUUUUUUUAAAUAAACACGUCAUGCUUGGAUGCAAAAAAGACAAGCAGUAUUUACCUGUUUGUACCAUCCGCCAGGGAAAAUCAGGACGCCGAUAGCACCAACUAGCGGGAAAAAAACUUGAAAAAAUUCGAUCCGUUUCUUCUUCGGUAGAUGCUUCAAGUCUUUCCGGUGCACUGCUGUUGAUAUAGCGCCUCUAUAGUGGCGCAACGCUGCAACUGCAGUUAAAAUACGUUGCUGCAGCAGAGGGACAUCAUACACUCAAUCAACACAGCUGGAGCUUUACGCUGUGUUGAGCGAAAUCAAUCGCUCUGGCCGGGGGCGGCACAAAAUUAGGUGGAGGCGGCCGCCACGCAAUUUUGAACGCAGGAAAAACCCUGGUAUGCUAUAUCUAGUGUGCUUAUUCAGACUAGGAGGGUGAUUCAUUCACCACAUCUGAAGUUCAUUUUAUCAAAGUAAGCAGAAUAAUAAUGAAACACUGUUCACUUUUUUACGACCUGAACACUUUGCACUCCUAAAAUUCACAGAAUCAGCAUCUCAGAUCCCAGCGCCUGUUAACCAGCAGAGGAUUUGCACACACUUCACUUUUAAUGCUUCUUUAAAACGCACUUUACUGCUGCGUGACGGUGCAGCUGUAAAUGUGGUGUAAAAUGCUACUUAGCAUCUUUCUCUUUGCUUUGAGAGUGAUUAGAAGUUUUACAGCCGUGUUAAAUGUAAUUAAAAGGUUUUCCAGUGGAAAGACGUCUCAUUCGUGUCAAAUGAUUUGCCAGGGUUUAAUUUAAACUGUUAAAGUUUCACACCUGCUUACCAUUGAAUGUUGUUCUCCACCUGCUCCACAUAUGUCCAUGCCUUCCUUACAGCUUCCUCUUAUUUUGCUGCUGUAGGUUAGUCAAAGACGCUCCCUGGGAUGAGGUUCCUCUGGCGCACUCUUUGGUUGGGUUCGCCACCGCCUACGACUUCCUGUAUGAGUAUCUGAAUAAAGGCCAACAGGAGCGAUUCCUCCAGGUGAUCGGCAACGCUUCACGCCUGAUGUACGAGAAGUCCUACGUAAGAGGUUGGGGGUUCCAGUACCUGCACAACCAUCAGCCCACCAACUGUGUGGCUCUGCUGACAGGAAGCCUGGUUUACAUGACACAAGGUGAGCAAAGAAAAAUCAUAAUUCCCUAAAGUGCUAAUACGCUUUGUCAAAUGUGUACAAAAACUGAAUUUGGUGGUUUGCAGGUCUAAAGGUCCUUACACACCGGGACCGACGCAAAUAUACGACGCAAAAUUAUGAAAUAUUCAGAGCCGAAUUUUGACGCGCCUGACUACACACAUCAAGCCCAAUGUGAUUUUGCGACUUUAUGGGGGGAAAAAGACGCGUCCCGGGUGGAAGUGAGAAUACUGACACAACAGCAGACUGAGUGUUUUUCAGUUCUGAUUAGACACUAGUGUUGAGAUGUCUGUCAGUCAUGAUAGCAUGUACUGAGUCGGGGCUAGUACCAGAUAAGCACAUUAAACUAUAAUCCAUAAACGUAAGGUAACAACCGAGACCUAAUGGUGCUGUGACAGCAACGUGAUUGAGUUUAAGACAGUGAAAUAUAUGGUAUGUUGUAUCUGAACAGGUUAGCUUACGAGCUAAAGUUACUUAGCACAGAUGAAAGUUAAAACAAAGACGUUUAGCAAACUGUUAAAGCACACAAACCAUCGUCAUAUGAGAAAUCCGAUGCUAUGUUGUCCUUCAGGACGUUCUCUUUGUCAUGUUUGUGUCUUUUAUCAAAAAGCACUCUGUUCUCUGACACGUAAAUAAUCAGCCGGUCGGCCAUGUUGGAUAUACUAGUGAAUCAGACGUCGCAACAACACGCAAUCUGAUUGGUCAGAAGUGGACACACAGUAUGCGAAACUUUAGAAAAAUCAGUCACAUCUCUGAUGUAGGACAGUGUCUUAAAGGGACAUAAGACCAUAGCCUACCUACACACAUCCAAAACCAACUUUUAUUUAUUUAUUUUUUUGACACUGAAUAUAUUGACCUGGGCAAAAUUACGUCGGAUAUUGUUGUGAAUUUUGGUAUCGAUAAAUAUUCGGUUUAUCUCCCAGCCCUAACGUAAAAUAUAAGUUCCAUUGAGAAGCAUUUUUCAACAUUUUCACAUUUGAUACGCUGUUUUUGCACCGUAUUUGACUCUGUCCUGAUGCUUUGAAAAUGAGGUUGCAAGUUUCCCAAGUUUUUACUUUACAAACCCUUUUGCAACAGUUAUUGACAGUCAUUUAGAGAUUAAUCUGUGAAUUUAUCGGCAAUCAUCUCAUAGAAGCAUAGCUGUGAGGAGCGACGGUCAACUUCUCAAGGUUCUGGUUGUUGCUGGGACUUGUAGCUGAGAAUCUCUUUUCUUUUCCAGUUUGUUAGCUUUGGUUAAAGCCCAAGAACAAACUUGAUAAGGGAGAUGUUGAGAAACGAGGACUAAAAGUGGAUUUCUAGCUGCUCCUAUCUGCAUAAAUCAGUAAAAGCAAAAAUUAUGGCUUGAUAAACACCAGUGAGAUCCAGGAUUGUAUCGAGUCUGUUUGUCUGUACAGUGUCUGUUUUCUUACAUAAAACCAGAACUUGGAGGACAAAUAAACUCAAACUGCAAACAGAAAUCAGAACUAUUUACCCACAGAGAUUGAAUAUCCGAGCGGUGUCAAUGAACAGAGAUUAGCCUGUUAAAAAAACACAGAUGGAUGCAGCUUAUGUAGACAAAGUAACCCAAGGCGGAUAGUCCUAAUUUCUUUUGUCUGGUCUUCACAUGAUUCAGAAUUUUGUCUCAUAAGGACAAAUUUUCUUCGGUCAGUUGGAUAAACUUUCCUUUUGAGGGUGAGUGGAAUCUGAGUGUUUUCAGCCUGAAGUUAUCCUCCACAUAAUCCUCUGUAAUCGUCCUCCAGAUGAGGCUCUCCUUCCCGCUCUGUCUUCACAUUUGUUUGUCCAGUAUUUCUCUUAAGACCUAAUUAUUCACCGCUGAGUGUUUCAAUAUCCUGCUGUAGAUAUUCAGCGUCGGUCAUGAGGAGCUGGAUGCCUGUGGUGCAGUCUGCUUUGCUUACAGGGGUUGGAUUCCUGGCAGAAAGGGUCCAGUCCUGAUGGGAACUAAAGACAGCAGGGCUCGCUGCAGUCACGGCGGUUUUAGUUGAGGUUUUUUUUUUUGUUGUUGUUGAGAGGUAGCGACAGACUUUGAGCUCUGCGAACAGUUAGAGCUUGACCUCUUUUUGCUUCGUUUACUUCAUGUCUAACAGGGGAAAAAGUGAGUUUGUUCAGCUUUGCCUGUCUGUCACCCAGGGAGGAGAAAGUCAGCAUUACAGCAGACCUCCUGCUGGGAUGAAACUGACUCAUGGUGCAGAGUGAAAAUACAACAUCUGAACUCCUAAAACUCUGCAAGAGAAAGAGCUUGCAAGUCGACAAAGAACUAAAAUGACAUCCAAAUAUUCACCCUGUACAGACAUGGAACAUUUCCAAUGACUCUUCCAGAAAUCGUCUCCUCUUUUGUUUAUCUGACAUAAGCUGUGAUCCCUCAGCUGACAUUUUAUUACUCUUCCAACUUCUUUGUGGCCUAAAAAUAACACCGAUCUUGCAGAAACGGUUCCUGUGAGAUCAGAAUUAUGUACGCUGUUUUGGUUCUUGGAAAGCUCUGACAGACUUCGGUUUUGAUAAGCGGAUUAGAAGCAGUAACGGCGUAGAGGAAAAAAACAUUCCUGCUGCAUGCGUUCGCUUGUUUCUGCCUCGGGGAUAAAUGUUGGAUGGUGCGAACGCUGCUUUAGUCCGUGUCAGACUUAAAUUCAUCGUCAUAUCUUUAUUAUCAUCAACCCGGAUGGUAACAUCUGCCAGUGAGAUGCAUGACUGGCUGUGAGUGUUUUACAUUCUUAAAGGGUCAAAUACUUCGGGUGCUUUUUACCCAACAUUUCUGUUUUAGGUCGUCUCUUCUGCAUGUUGGAGAUUCGCAUGUUGCUUUCUGGACUAAAGCCAUGUUGCACCUGUUCCCUCAAUUUGUGAAACUUUCAAGAUUCUCCACUCAGAAUGAUAGUGUUUGUUUUCUCACAGAGUAAUAAGAUGAUAUUCUGAUUUUCUAAAGGGAGAGUUUUGAGCUGUACUGUGAGCAGUGUUGGUCUAAAUUUGGCCUCUGUGUGUCUGUGUGCUCUAAAUGUUCCUGUUCGACAGUAAAUACCUGCUCUGUGUGGGCCGCCCGUCCUGCUGGGGACAGCCCCGUUUGGCGCUCUUUGAUGGCUCGUACCAGGAUUCUUCAAUGAGUCGUGGUCAGAGCGUUUCUGCGGUCGCUCGCUCUCAUAGAAAACUCUGUGUGUGUUCAGUGUGAGAGAAGGAGAGUAUACAGUGCGCUCAAGUGGUGUCAUGAUUUCCAUACUGUGUGUGUGUGUGUGAGGUUUCUUCAGGUCACAGACUGAGACGGCACUGUUUGCUGUUUUACAAGUUUUUCCAUUUUUACUCCAAAACACGAGGUUCAGGUGACUUUACAAAGACCCGUCUCUUUUUAAAGUCCUGGUUUGAACUCAUCUGCUCAGAUCAGCGCCAUAAAGACCUGCAAAGUUUAUUAUAGCUCUCCUGAAGUUACACUAAAUGUUUUGUUGAACACUAGUGUACUUGUGAAUGUGAGGUUGUUAAAAUCAGGGCUUCUAUUGCUGGAUUACAAAGAAGUUGGACACUUUUAUUUGUGUUUUUUUUUCCAAGAAAAUAAAAUGAAAUCACCUCAUUGAAGCUUCAAAAUGUAGGUAAAUCCUGCAAAAAUGCACAGUGUUGAGUCAUGUAUCUGCUUCUUUAUUUGUUUUUCUUCCUUUUUAUUCCACUUGAAGAAUAAUUCCUCGAUAGUUGUAGCCGAGUUCACAGUCUGUAUUUAACCUGUUGAACCUUCUCCUCCUCCACCAGGUUACCUCCAGGAGGCCUACCUGUGGUCCAAGCAGGUGCUGUCCAUCAUGGAGAAGUCCAUGAUCCUCCUGCGGGAUGUGACGGAUGGCUCCUUGUAUGAAGGCGUGGCCUACGGCACCUACACCACCCGCUCUCUGUUCCAGUACAUGCACCUGGUACAACGUCACUUCGCCAUCGGCCACUUCGACCACCCCUGGCUCCUCAAACACUUCGCCUUCUUGUACAGGACAGUCCUGCCCGGUUAGUGUGUGGAUUAAACUUUGUAAACUUUUUUUAAUAACUGUCUCAUCUUUAACUGUACCUUAAGACAGACAGAAGAGGUGAGCUUUCUGGCUUGUUUUAGAUUAGAUUUUAAAAUAACCUGAGGCUGCUGUGAGAGCCUGUCCUCCUCUGAGCUUAUAUGGGGUAUGCAUGCGUGUAGUUAUUCUUCGUCUCAGAUCUGCAGGGAUCUGUGGAGUCCUGGAAGUCUUGUCUGCAGGUCAGGGGGAGGCCAGCAACAGAGGAGGGGCCUCUUGGGUUAGACUCGGACAUUUCGCAGCCCCCUGCCAACAGAUUCUGUAUUGUAGCCGAGUGGCAGUGCAGCGCUCAGAGAUCACCUCUAAUUGCAGCAGCCAGAUCAGGAGACACCAACGUCUUUCACACAUGAACUGCUGACAUUUUCCACAGAAUUUCAGCAGUUUCAGCCCCUAAAAUACUUGCAGCUCACAUGUGCAAAACACAGCAGGAGAUUAUCCCCACUAUCUCGCAAAACUUUGGUUUUGGUGCGGCUUGAUUGUGCGCAGGAGGAGCAUUUUUCCUCCAUGUACCUUAUCACUACAACAUGCAUAAAGUCUUUUUUCUUCACCGAUUGUACAAACACAUCAAUCUACUCUGACAUUUUACUCAAGGACUGAUCAGGAAAAGGUUUGGACAGAUUAAGGGUGAAAAAAUCCAGCUUUUUGCAUGGACACAUGCACCUGUUAAAAUGAUAUAAAGACCGAGAGUUAUGCAUCAAUUUGCAUGAAUAGGUUUGAUUUGAUUUGAUUUAUUUGGGAUCCCCAUUAGCCUUGGCCAAGCAUAAGCUAUUCUUCCUGAGGUCCUUAAGCCAACUCACAAUAUAUCAAUGCAAAUAUCUCAUAUAUAUAAUAUGCCCCAUGUAAAAAAUAUUUAAAAAAAAACAAAAAAAUUAAAUAUAAAUUAAAAAUAAAUAAAUGAAUAAAAAUGGAUAAAUAAAUAAAUAAUUGUAAUUAUACGUAAAAUAAACACAAACAAAUAAACAAACAGAAUACAUACAAAUACACAAUACAAUAAAACAUAAACAAUAACAGAUAGCUCCUGAGUCAGCAGUCAUGUAUAGUAUCUACAGAUCAUGUUAAUAUUAUAUAUACAUAUAUAUAGGUGUGGUCUCUUUCAUUAGUUGUAUUAGGUGGGUGCAUUGUAGCCUUUAACCAGGAGGCUCUACCUCUUUGCCUGAUUCAGGGUUACAUAUAAGUAACAUGGAGUCAUUGGGCCUUAUGGAAAUGUACAGUCUAAAGUUCCUGAUGCACUUUGGCCACCUGAAGCUUUAAAAUCUUUCAUGAAAUGCAUAAAGCAGAGUCUCAAAAAUUCAGAAAUUACUGCACAAUACGAGAGCAUGGCUGAUCAGGUCCCGUUCUUUAUACAACCCCCCAGAAAAUAUAUGGUUGUUGUUUUCAUUGCCUUGCAGAACAAAAUAACCAAAAGGCUUUAAUGAUUGAAUGAUUUUAGUCUUAUAAUUAGCAGUAUUGAUGUCCAAACACUUAUUAGGGUUAAAUCUAGCCAUAAAAGGGUUGUGGGAGAAUACCUCAUCAAACAAAAGCUGCAGUUAUUGGUGAUAAAUUAUGUAGUUCUCCUUUUAAGGUCAUUUAAGUGUUCUGAAGUAGUUUUUAAGUUGAUAUAUAACAGAUGACAGCAUGGCACCUGGAUAAUAAAUCUUGUUUGACUUGCUUUCAUACAUCCACAGGAUUUUAUCUUAAAGAACCUGUUCAUCUGUAUCUCUUGUUUUGCCUCAAUCAGGAAGGAACUUCUCUCCUCAAAGUCUUUGUUUAUGAUUGCUUGUGGUUGACAAAUAACUGACUGUGAUUACAUGCUGUGAAUUAUAAAUCUGGUUUCUUAGAGUCCUCUCACCGCCGGAGUGUAAAGCUUUCUGUAGAUAAUUACAGACUACAGAGCAGCGUGAAGAGUUAGUGCCUGGUGUCGGACUGAGCUGGAUCAUGUUAGAAGAGACUGAGAAUGAUUAUUUUGUUUUGAGUUUAUAGCUUUAAAGUCUUAAACUCUUCCUUCUUUCAAAUCUUCGUUGAUCUUCUAAAUCACGGCUUUGUCGUGUGUUUUCUCUCUCCCCAGGUUUUCAGCGGACUGUUGCCAUCGCAGAUUCGAACUACAACUGGUUCUACGGUCCGGAGAGCCAGCUGGUCUUCUUGGACCGCUACGUGUUGCGUAACGGAAGCGGAAACUGGCUGGCAGAACUGAUUCAUCAGAACAGGGUGGUAGAGGGGCCGGGCCAGGCUGGGAAAGGCCAGAGAUGGUGUACGCUUCACACCGAGUUCAUCUGGUAAGACGCUGGAUGUGUUUUGAAUUGUAGUAUUUCAUAUAGUGUCCCAACUUUCUGUGGUUGUAUAUGUAUGAAAAGCAGGUGGAUGAAGUUGGGUACACCUAAAACCCCUGCACUGAUAGGAGUUUAAAGUUCAUUGGUUCCUCUACAUGUGUGUCUACAUCCAUCUAAAAGCUGUUUCUCUGCAGGUAUGACCCCAACAUGUUCCCCAAGCCUCCCUCGGAUUUUGGCAAACCUCGCCUCCAUUACUUCGAGGACUGGGGGGUAGUGACUUACGGCAGUGCCCAACCCGCCGACACCAACCGCUCUUUCCUGUCGUUCAAGUCGGGGAAGCUGGGAGGACGAGCCAUCUACGACAUCGUCCACAUGAAUAAGUAUAAAGAGUGGAUCAAAGGGUGGAGGAACUUCAACGCCGGCCACGAGCACCCCGAUCAGAACACGUUCACUUUUGCACCCAACGGCGUCCCCUUCAUCACCGAGGCGCUGUAUGGACCCAAGUACACUUUGUUGAAUAAUGCAGUGCUGUUUGGUUCCACCACCUCAGGGAGCUGCUUCAAACCAUGGACUGGACAGGUGACGGAGGUCUGUGACUCAAAGUGGUUGAGGUACAAGGUGGGGCUGGCGGCAGACGCGCAAGGACGAGUGGAAGCUGCUAUGGAGAGACAGGGAAUGGUCUUCAUCCGUGGCGAGGGAAGUGCUGCCUAUUCUCCAGAGCUGAAGAUCAGGAAUUUCCAAAGGAACUUACUCCUUCUUCACCCGCAGCUCCUGCUCCUCGUGGACCACAUCCACCUGGAUCCAGACAGCCCAACCAGAGCCAUGAGCGCCUUCUUCCACAACACGGAGCUCCCGUUCCAGAGCACGAAGAUAGAUGGCGUUCACGGGGCGUUUGUAACUCACGGUGAGGAUAGAUAUCAGAUGUUCUGGAUGGAUGACACAGGCUUUAGUCACAAAGGAGUGGUGGGGUACUGGAACUACCCUCGAGGGUACCCCUAUAACGGGUCGAAUUAUGUGAACGUCACAAUGCCGUUAAGGUACCCUCACUCCAGAGUGGCGUACAUUUUCUUCGGACCAGGCGUGGACGUGCAGAGCUUCAGCCUGCGUGGAGAUGAUCAGAGGGUGGACAUCUACCUGGCCACCAAAGACCACACCUACACCAUCUACCUGCUGACCGGAGAGGUCACCAGCAAACCGCUGUUCGCCAUGGUGCUGCAGGACCACAAGAAGAUUGUAUUUGAGAAGACGGCCGCAGCCGAGGCAGACAGCUCUCCUGAAGAAGUUGAGGAAUACGUCAACGUGAUGGAUGACAACCUCCAGCACGUCAAGCCCGUCUUCCAGCAGAUGGAGAGACACAUCCUGGGACGGGUUCUCAACACCGCCAGCUUCCGCAAGACUGCAGAGCGUCUCCUCCAGUUCACGGAUAAGAAGAAGACGGAGGAGGUCAUCGAGAGGAUGUUUGCGAUGUCGAAGAAACAAGGCAAGGGGAAAGGGGGGAGGAAAGUGAACCUCGGGGAGAAGCUCUCCGAGAGUCUGCCUGAUCUUUUUGCACAGAUUGAGGUGAACGAGAAGAAGGAGAGACAGAGGACAUCAAAGCGGACGUAUGAGGACAGUCCAGAGGAGGGGGACGCAGAGUCCCGGGCUUUUAUGGAUUACCCAGAAGGCCGUAAAAACAGAAAAGGGGCCUUUGUGAAGGGCCGAAAGUUCAAGGAGGUUCACAUGGUGGCGACGGCAGGAAGUGAGGGUCUCUCCAGCACCGCCUCCUACAUCAGACUCUUCCUCCUGCUGAAUACCGCCACCUUCUUCCUGCUGCUGGCCGUCUUACUGACUCGCUUUCAGAGGGGGCGGAGCUUGCACACGCAGAGAUGUUUCUACACCAUCCUCCUCAUAGACUGCUUCAUCUUACUGUACCUCUACUCCUCCUGCUCCCACACACAGUGCUAACAUCAGGAGUGUGGGGGGAGGGGUCGUCCAACCACAGAGCUAAUGAGCUUAAUGCACCCCACGCCUCAGUCUGAGCCAGGUCUGUUAGCAGAGUAUUAGGGCCACUCUUAGAAAAAAAAACUGAGAUACAAGUGUGAGAUUUAGAGGUGAAGUCUUGAAUAUACAGAAAAACAUUUUUUUUAUGAGAUAAUAGUUUUAUGAGGUAAGAAGUUAUGAUAACUAAAAAAAUCAAAACAUUACAAAAAUGCACCACCAACAUUUCUUCCAACUCACACCUUACUCAAAUGCAGUUGGUUCAGACUUUCUCUCAGAGAAGCCUCAAUGGGGCCCUAAGCAAAAUGUGAUUUUGGGGCCCUCUGUUUCUGCCAAAAAUAUUGAUUGUUGAUCAUUCACACACCUUCACAAAUCUCUUUGAUUAACAUUCCAUGACAUAAAAACAUACCUUCAUCUUGGCGUUUUUUCUCUUUUCUUCUUCUUCCUCUUUCUUUUCUCUGCUCCUGAAGGAUAUGUCCUUUUUGCGGCAUUGUUUUGCCCCACAACUACCUGUGCUUUGGAUGCUCAGUGCACACAUCACAUUAUAAAGGUUGCGGAGCUUUGACAUAUCUCCAGUAAGAAUCCAAGACCUACAUCAGCAGCAGCACUAAAAUGUUUUUACUUUAUUUUAUUUUUACAAUAAUAUAUAUUUGAUCAUACAGAAAGCAUCACUCAUGCAUACAAAAAAUAACAAAUAUUUAAUUUUUUUUAUUUUUUAUUAUUGCUAUUGGCUGCGGGGGGGGGGGGGGUAUUGUUGCUGUUGUUGCUUUCAAAACCUUUAAACGUAGGUAUAGACUACCCCUGUUGAUGAGAUGUGUAGAUGUUGAACACACAAUACGAGAUAGUUUUUGUCUAUUUACUUCAGAAGUCUUUAACUUGUUUAGGAACUCAAUGCUAUUCAACUAAAAGCAAAAUUAAACAUUAUCCCUAAGGUUGCUUUAUACUUCUGUGUUGACUCUACACUGUAAUGGCCCACACUGCUGUGAGAAGUACACGCAUAUCCAUUGGAGUGUCUGAGUUGUGCUGCAAAACUUUGCUUUAAUGCUAAUUGGUAGUGUGAUUUCUAUGGACAAGAACAAUGGCAUAUAAUGCUGUGAAUGUGCAUACUCUUAAUUAAGUUUGCAGUUUUAAAAGCAGCUAAAGCAACACUUUGUGUAGCAGCUGUCAUUUUCUCAUAGCCACAAGAUAAUCAUUUUGUAAUUUGAUGUAUUUGAACUUUAAUGAAGUUUGCCAACAAGACUGAUUUUUAAUGUCGUCGUAAGACAGGUCUACUGACAAUCAUGGUCUACAGACAAACAAAGAGAGAGAAAGAGAUGUUCAAUCAAUAGGAAUAUAAGCGUUCCUGUUUAAUACUGAUAGAUAUAAACUGCAACUUGACAUGCUGGCUAAUAUACCCAAGUUGACUAGAAUCACUGCUGUAAAGUCAGUUUAUGUCACCCAAGAUUGGAACUUCACUUUUAUAACUCCACGAUUGUUUUUUUAUUACUUUUAUCCACACUAUGUUAAAUCAUCAUUUAGCUCCUUUCUUCUAAUAGUGGCCUUGAUACUCUCGAAGCUCAAUGUAUGGGGUGUUCAGGAAAACCAACUGAUUCCAAAUAGGAAUUGAUGAAUUGCCAAGAUAAAACCAGACCACCUCUGAUGAAAAAGCUUCUGUGGAGCUUUAGAAACGAGUCUGUAUGAAGUUUGUAGUGUUUGUAAAGUUCAGAGGUCCUGUCUGGUAUCAACGAUCUCAAGUUUAGCCACUAAGAUAAAAAAAAAAAUACAGCUGCCUCAUCUGUACUUGAGAUUUGUUCUGUCUACAUAGUUAAUUAAAAUCCAUCUAAGUGUAUAUAUGUGAAAGCAAGAUAUAUUUUUAUGGUCUCUUUUUUACUAUUUGUAAAUAAAAUUACUACAUGCAUA